UUGACAAAAGAUAUAGACCACAUUCCUAAUUCAUUAAUAUUGUAUAGAACAAUUAUUUCAAUAUUUUAAUGUUUGUUGUUAUCGAUGGUAUUUUGCUGUAUUUUAUGAAUACUUUGGAUUUUAUUUUCGUAUAUGGAAUAAUUAAAACUGGAAAGCAAAUUACUGAGUUGGAGGCGUUGAAGCAACGCGAACCAACGCGGUUGAUACUCUUUUAAUUUGACGUACAAAUUACAAAACAGAGAGAUUUGCGUUUUACAAUUCAAUCUCUCGGAUUUCUUGGUUUCUCUUUCUCUUCUUCGCCAUUUUUACGGAGCACACCACAAUCUCUCUUCUUCUUCCUACAGCUCUUGGAAACUUGAAGAAAAAUGGGAGGUGGGAAGGAAAAUGAAGAUAAAGACAAAGGGCUUUUCUCAAAUAUGGCGGCGUUUGCUGCAGGACACCACUAUCCUCAUCAUCAUGGAUAUCCACCACCACCGUACGGUGGAGCUGGAUAUCCCCCUCCGGGUGGGUAUCCGCCGGCUGGCUAUCCCCCGGCAGGCUAUCCUCCUUACGGUGGACAUCCUCAUACAGCCUAUCCUUAUCAGGGUGGAUACCCCCCUGCUGGCUAUCCUGGCCCCCAUCAUUACCCUGGCUAUGGACACGGACAUGGACACGGUGUGGGUGGAUUGUUGGCUGGUGGAGCAGCUGCUGCUGCAGCUGCUUAUGGCGCUCACCAUCUUGCUCAUGCACGUCCAUUUGGGUUCGGCCACGGAAAGUUCAAACAUGGAAAAUUUGGUAAGCGUUGGAAGCAUGGAGGCAAGUUCGGGAGAUUCAAGAAAUGGAAGUGAUGAAUUUGCUACAACCUCAUACCUGAUGUAUAUCGGUUACCAUGAGUUUUGAGUCCAAAACCUUGAAAAAAUAAAUAUGGCAUUUUAAUGUUUUUUUUUUCUUUAUUUGACAAUGGUGUUGUAAUAUGCUUGUGUUUUUGUUACCUCGACUUUUUUAUGUAAAAAAUGAAACCGAUCUUUUUUUUUAAA